GGACUUCCGCCCCAUCGUGGGUAGGUCCCUGGGAGGCGGAAGAGCAGCGGGGGCUGGAAGGUUGUGGAGUUGCAUGUUGAGCUCGAGUUGCGGGUGUUUAAGUGGUCGCGCCCCCUUUGGAGAACGCGACCCGACGGCUAGGCGGCCCUGGGCUCUUCCGCCUCGCGGUGUUUGUAAGGUGCUGCCCAGUUACCCCUGAACAUAGUUGAAACAGAAAAUAGGAAGAUGGCAGCAAACCCUUCAGGACAAGGUUUUCAAAACAAAAAUAGAGUUGCAAUCUUGGCAGAACUGGACAAAGAAAAAAGAAAGUUACUAAUGCAGAACCAAUCUUCAACAAAUCAUCCUGGAGCUAGCAUUGCGCUCUCGAGACCCGCUCUCAACAAGGACUUCCGGGACCACGCUGAGCAGCAGCAUAUUGCAGCCCAGCAGAAGGCAGCUUUGCAGCAUGCACAUGCACAUUCAUCAGGAUACUUCAUAACUCAAGAUUCUGCAUUUGGGAAUCUCAUUCUUCCUGUUUUACCUCGCCUUGACCCAGAAUGAAGAAAAUAUUUGUAACGGAAGUGACUUGGUAACAUCAGAUGCCUUCUACUAACCUUCAGUGCUGUACAAACCGUGACUUUCAGAAGUUUGGUGGACUUUUUUAUAUAUUUUGUUUCUUUAAAAGAAAGAUAAGUGAAAUCAAAAAAAGGAGAGUGACCAGGAUGAUGAAAGCUCUGGAAGCUGUAUUAUCUGGGAACUGAUGCUGCUGCUCAGGACUAUGAUCUGUGUGUAAGGCAGUUUGAUUUUUAAUUCUGAAUCAGAGCCCAAAGUGGAUGUGGUCACACAACCCACCUCCCAAACUAGUUGGACUGAAUAUAUCAUGUCUACAGUAGACUUUCAAGAACCAUUUAAAGUACUUUAUGAACAAAUGAGGGUGCUUUUAAAAAAUGUGAACCAGUAGGCUUAAGUUACAUUCACAUUUGCUGUUUAUAGAAUUGAUAUCAGUGUACCUUUUGUGUUUAUAGUCAUCAUAUCCUAAAAUAUCCUUUAACUGGUAACUAGUUUGCCUAUUCUCAAUUUUAAAAGAAAACCCAAGAUGCGAGUAAAUUACCUGCCAGUCGUAAAUACCUUUUAUAAAUCUAUGCCGCUGUAAAUUAUGUGACUAAAUGCUAUUAAAAACAAUAAGUACAGUUGUAAAUUUUGUACAUGCUCUUAUUUAGUGUUCCUACAUAAAUGGUGCGUCUGAACAGUUUUAUUGCCCAUUUUUGCUCUAACUGGAAACAAAGUUGAGACCCUUUUUCCUUCAAGAGGAAAGAAUUAGGUCAAGCAAGUUUCUCAACAUGAUGCAUCUUUAAACAGAACCCAGGAUGCUUACUUAAAUAUGCAGUCCCCACAACUGACCUUAGUCCUACGGAAUUAGUGUCUCUGUAAUUCAAAAUAAAGUCUGAAAAUCAUGGGCUAGAGAAUUAAGUGUUCUUGAUAUCUAAAAAUCCAUACAUAUGUAGGUCCCUGAACCUGAGAGGUCAUUUAGCUAAUGGUAUUUUUUUUUUUUUUUUACUUUUAAUAGGAUUGAAAUUGUUUUAUACUGUAUCACAGAUAUAGUAUUUUUUAUAACUGACCUCAUCUUUGGCCUUGUGGUGGUAGGAUGAGAUUUUAAGCUGAAAGUUACAUUUUGAGUCAAGAAUUAGAAAAAGUUCAUGUCCCUUUUCGAACAGAUUCUCCUUCCUUCCCUUAGGCAUUUGUUCCAUGCACUCAGCCCCAUCUCACCUAAACUGUACGAAGCAGGAGUGGACAGCUGUAGAUACGGCUGUGCCAUUUAGAUUCUCUCUGUGGAGAACGGGGGCUGGUUGCCUCAUCCGGGUGAGCUGGCAGCUGUCCGCACUGUAAUGGUCCCCGUUGCGGCAGAGGCGCCCUUUCUCCCGCCGCUGGCGAGCGCCCGGCCUCUGCCUCCGCCCGUCUCCGGCUCACGCAGCCGGCCCGGCCCUCCUUGUCCCCGUUUUCUUGAGUUGAUGUAAGUUACUCUUCUGUGCAGGCCCUGAGCCACUGGCGUCAUUCUAAAGCUACUGAUGCUGGGGAGAUAACAUUUCUGGAUUGAAUAGUUUUUAUACUAUUGAUGCUUCUACCAAACAUGUAACUUUUAUAACCUGGGUGAAAAGAUCUUUUCCCCAGUGGUAUCUUUUCUGGUCUCAGCCCUUUAAAUAGAUACUGCCUUUUUAAACAUCUGACUCUUGCAGUCCUGACUAGUAAGCACUUCCUCCUCCCCCUUCCUUACAACCUCAGUUCAGUUCCGUGUGUAUUCACUAAUGCCUGCUCGUAAAGCACCAUGCUUUAAGGGGAAGGGGUGAGUUGAGACCUGCUCUUAAAGAAGCCGCAGUGCGGCGGAGCCCACUCUGGUACAGCAGCGAGGAAGCAGCGUCCAGCGCGUGGCCCGGGAGCAGCAAACCUGAGCAUGCGCAGUCUAGUCAGGCCUAGAGGUGACUAAUGCGAUCUGCCCUGGCAGGGCGAGAAGGUCAGCUCCAGGCAGAGCUCAGGAUUUCAUCAUCAAAGUAGGGACUGCAACAGCUGUGAGGACCGCAGCGGAUAAUGGGGAGGGCGGUAGUGGGCUCCCGUGGUGCUUCCUCGGCUUGCAGGUGAGUGUGGCUGACCAACUUAACCUUAAGACUGUCACGCUGUCUCCUCUGUAAAAGGGGAAGAAUAAACACACUGCCUAAUUCAUAAAUUACCUAGACCAGGAUUUUUCAGAGUGCAGGUCUCAAUAGGUUACCGAAUUGAGAGGCCAACUAAAUGGCUGAAUGGGGUGUGACCCGCUUUUUUUUUUUUUAAUAGAAAACAUCAGAGUAUAUGGCAUGUACAUAGGAGGUUUUGGUUCAUGAAUUUCAUUUUCUGUGCAUUUGUGAGUUUACUUACUUUGUUUAUCAUAUGCUCCACCUGCAUGUAAGGUCUUUGAGAGCAAGGGCUUUUGUUCUUACUUCCUGCCUGUUUACUACUGUAGUCUGCUGAGAAUAGUAUUUGGCAUAUAGUAGGUGGUCAGUACUUACUGAAGGAAUGAAUGAAUAUGACCUGGAUUGUGAUGUAAAAGGUAUUUUUUUUUUUAUACUAUGAGUCAUGGCAAAAAUGUUUUGAAAGCCACUUCUUAAAUAAUACAGAUGAUAGUGCUUUGUAUGACUCUGGAAUAAAAACUGAAAUGACUCAAUAA